CACAAAUGUACACGUGAUAGGAACCGAAAGUGUUUUAGACAAUGUUUGACUGUUUUUGGCUUUUUUGCUUGUCUGUAUACUGUGUGCCCUGUGCAUCUGCCCUCCCAAGCUCCAUCGUGUGGGCUUCGACCAAAAACCAACCAUCCCACGCCCCAUCGCCCCAUAGUAACAGUGUCUCAAUUUGCUUGCCUCAAGCGAGAGAAAAUGCCGCUGAUAAUGCAGUGUCGCAGCCAAGCGGCCGAGGAACAAAGACGGAAAGGACCGUGGCCCUGGAAGAACGCGCGCAUGAAAAAACUGAAAAUCAGGAAAAGCAGGAACCAACCCGUAAAAGCAACUUUUUUGACCAUGCCUCCGAAUAGAAAAAGAAACCACGACCGCAUCCUACAGUGAUGCGUCAGGGCGGCGCCCUGCGAACGUCGAUAAGAGAGCCAGUUACCACAAGCCGUCUAUUAAAGUUAGGAGCAGAGCAGAGCAUGCUGACCGCCAAACGCCUUCGUCGAACCCGACAUGCUAGAAAAAAAAAAAAAAAAAAAAAAAAAAAAAAAA